AUGUACCGAGUAUCUAGUGUAGCAGAAUCAGUAGCUGUUAUAGGGACUAUAUCUAGUGUAGCAGAAUCAGUAGCUGUUAUAGGGACUAUAUCUAGUGUAGCGGCAUCAGUACCUGUUAUAGGGCCUAUAUCUACUGAAGCGGCAUCAGUACCUGUUAUAGGGACUAUAUCUAGUGUAGCAGCAUCAAUACCUGUUAUAGGGACUAUAUCUAGUGUAGCAGCAUCAAUACCUGUUAUAGGGACUAUAUCUAGUGUAGCAGAAUCAGUAGCUGUUAUAGAGACUAUAUCUAGUGUAGCAGCAUCAAUACCUGUUAUAGGGACUAUAUCUAGUGUAGCAGCAUCAAUACCUGUUAUAGGGACUUUAUCUAGUGUAGCAGAAUCAGUAGCUGUUAUAGGGACUAUAUCUAGUGUAGCAGAAUCAGUAGCUGUUAUAGGGACUAUAUCUAGUGUAGCAGAAUCAGUACCUGUUAUAGAGACUAUAUCUAGUGUAGCAGCAUCAAUACCUGUUAUAGGGACUAUAUCUAGUGUAGCAGAAUCAGUAGCUGUUAUAGAGACGAUAUCUAGUGUAGCGGCAUCAGUACCUGUUAUAGAGACUAUAUCUAGUGAAGCAGCAUCAGUACCUGUUGUAGGGACUAUAUCUAGUGUAGCAGAAUCAGUAGCUGUUAUAGGGACUAUAUCUAGUGUAACGGCAUCAGUACCUGUUAUAGGGACUAUAUCUAGUGUAGCAGCAUCAGUACCUGUUAUAGGGACUAUAUCUAGUGUAGCGGCAUCAGUACCUGUUAUAGGGACUAUAUCUAGUGUAGCGGCAUCAGUACCUGUUAUAGGGACUAUAUCUAGUGUAGCAGAAUCAGUACCUGUUAUAGAGACUAUAUCUAGUGUAGCGGCAUCAGUACCUGUUAUAGGGACUAUAUCUAGUGUAGCAGAAUCAGUACCUGUUAUAGAGACUAUAUCUAGUGUAGCGGCAUCAGUACCUGUUAUAGGGACUAUAUCUAGUGUAGCAGCAUCAGUACCUGUUAUAGGGACUAUAUCUAGUGUAGCAGAAUCAGUACCUGUUAUAGAGACUAUAUCUAGUGUAGCAGCAUCAGUACCUGUUAUAGGGACUAUAUCUAGUGUAGCAGAAUCAGUACCUGUUAUAGAGACUAUAUCUAGUGUAGCGGCAUCAGUACCUGUUAUAGAGACUAUAUCUAGUGAAGCAGCAUCAGUACCUGUUGUAGGGACUAUAUCUAGUGUAGCAGAAUCAGUAGCUGUUAUAGGGACUAUAUCUAGUGUAACGGCAUCAGUACCUGUUAUAGGGACUAUAUCUAGUGUAGCAGCAUCAGUAGCUGUUAUAGGGACUAUAUCUAGUGUAGCGGCAUCAGUACCUGUUAUAGGGACUAUAUCUAGUGUAGCGGCAUCAGUACUUGUUAUAGGGACUAUAUCUAGUGAAGCGGCAUCAGUACUUGUUAUAGGGACUAUAUCUAGUGAAGCGGCAUCAGUACCUGUUAUAGGGACUAUAUCUAGUGUAGCGGCAUCAGUACCUGUUAUAGGGACUAUAUCUAGUGUAGCGGCAUCAGUACCUGUUAUAGGGACUAUAUCUAGUGAAGCGGCAUCAGUACCUGUUAUAGGGAUUAUAUCUAGUGUAGCGGCAUCAGUACCUGUUAUAGGGACUAUAUCUAGUGUAGCGGCAUCAGUACCUGUUAUAGGGACUAUAUCUAGUGUAGCAGCAUCAGUACCUGUUAUAGGGACUAUAUCUAGUGUAGCGGCAUCAGUACCUGUUAUAGGGCCUAUAUCUAGUGAAGCAGCAUCAGUACCUAUUAUAGGGACUAUAUCUAGUGUAGCAGAAUCAGUAGCUGUUAUAGGGACUAUAUCUAGUGUAGCAGCAUCAAUACCUGUUAUAGGGACUAUAUCUAGUGAAGCAGCAUCAGUACCUGUUAUGGGGACUAUAUCUAGUGUAGCAGAAUCAGUAGCUGUUAUAGGGACUAUAUCUAGUGUAGCAGCAUCAAUACCUGUUAUAGGGACUAUAUCUAGUGUAGCGGCGUCAGUACCUGUUAUAGGGACUAUAUCUAGUGAAGCAGCAUCAGUACCUGUUAUAGGGACUAUAUCUAGUGUAGCAGCAUCGGUACCCCGGUACAACAAUGAGUUGGGUUAUUGGCUGGCUACGGGAUAUAAUAGUAGGUUGGAAAGAGAAGCCGUACUGAAGAGUUUUCGGCAGUAA